AUGAACUGGUUUGCAAGUUUCUUCUCGAAGCGUCCUGAGGAUGUUCCCUUAUUGAAUACUGAUUCACCUCUUUUGUUUCCACUCAUAUCUUCUGAAGAUGAACAAUAUUUUUUUUCCAACUUGAGGAGCCAUGGAGCAGCCGGCACGGUGGUGAAGCAGCCAGUCCGCGGGGCCAGUGCUAGGACCACAGUCACGGCGAUUGUACAGACGGGCGGGGACUGGAGCACCGGCCUCUUCAGUAUCUGCAGAGACAGGAGAGUGUGUUUCUGUGGUCUGUUUUGUCCGAUGUGUCUUGAGUGUGACAUUGCCAGGCAUUAUGGAGAGUGUCUUUGUUGGCCAUUGUUACCUGGAUCCACCUUUGCACUGAGAAUUGGCACCAGAGAGAGACAUAAAAUACGGGGCACGCUGUGCGAGGACUGGCUGGUGGUGCACUGCUGUUGGCCCCUUUCCAUCUGUCAGGUGGCUCGGGAACUCAAGAUGAGGACCUCCCAUCUCUAUGAAAUCUGUGCGGUCGCUGCACCUAAGGACACCCUGGUUUGACUCAGCAAGACAACUCCUCCUACUUACUCUGCUCUCCUCCCAAACUCUUCUUAGGAGAUUUUUUUCU